AUGUUCCCCGAAAUAAACCCACCGCGGAAAAUGUCGGUCCAAGCAGAUCCGGUCGAUUUCAAAGAGAAGCUCAUAGCGGCCGUGAAGAAAGAGGUCAAGCAGGUGAUGGAGGAAGCCGUCACCAAGAAGUACAUACACGAAGAGUCCGGCUCGGUGACGGCCUUGUGUGCCGCGGUCGAGGCCUGCCUGAGCCAAGGUUUGCGCCGGCGGGCCCUCGGCCUGUUCAAGACGUCGUCCACCACCGCCCUGCUGCACAAAGUGGCCAAGCACUGCCCGGAAGCAGCAUGCAUCAGUAAGAAGGUACAGGACAUCGAAAACAGCGACCCUAACAAGCGCUCCUCGUCGAGCAGCGACAGUACCAACAAGCCACCGAUACUGAAGAAGGGUAGCAGCAACUCCGUUUCGACAACUACGCCACCGCAGUCACCACCAGUUGUCAAAUACCUCUGGAUUCGGUUGGCAUUGUACGAGAAAAAGCUAUCCCGCAUUAUCGAUCAUCUGGUGACGAACGCAACGCGCUACUACGAACGUGACUCGCUGGUAGCGGAUCCGGACUACGGCUCAAUACUGAGCUCCCUGCUCGUGGGACCGUGCGCCCUGGACUACUCACGUGCCAAAACUGCCGAUCACUUUUGGACCGAUCCGCCCGCGGACGAACUGGUCCAACGGCAUCGAAUUAGCUCGAGUAAUCCGACGCCACCGGCCUACCGACGACCAAUGUUGAACUUCAAGCGCAGCCUUCACACCAGCUCCGAGGAGGGCAGUAUGGCGUCGUUCAAGUCGAACAGCCUGGUGUCGGCCUCGAAGGACUACGUCGAGUCGCUGCACCAGAACUCCCGGGCCACGCUGCUCUACGGGAAGAACAAUGUGCUCGUGCUGCCGAAGGACGUCAGUGAACCGAUGCCGGGCUAUCUGAGCCUGCACCAGACGGUGCAAUCGCUCACUAUCAAGUGGACACCGAAUCAGCUGAUGAACGGCUACACCGAGUCGGAAAACAUCGACAAGAGCUCGUACUGGGCGUACGCACUGAACGUCAAUGUGGACGAGAUCGUGUACGUGCACUGUCAUCAGGCGCGGGGCGGCGACACCGGUGGUACCGUUAUUCUUGUCGGCCAGGACGGUGUGCAACGUCCACCGAUACACUUUCCCGAGGGUGGUCAUAUGGCAGCCUUUUUAAGCUGCCUGGAAACAGGUCUUCUGCCGCAUGGUCAGCUGGAUCCACCGCUCUGGUCGCAGCGCGGCAUUGGACGUAUUUUCCCCUGGCCCCAGAAGUCCCGGCGUCGACCUUUGCCAUCGCUGCUGGAGGCAAACGAUGAGAUGCCAAUCGAUUAUGUUUUCCGGGUAGUGAACAAGAGUAACACCGACGAAUUUUUGGCAACACAUUCGAUUCUGGAACUAGGCCGUACGAGUCCUCGCUACCGAGCCCAACUGAGCAGCUGUUCGACCAACGAAAGCAGCGACUGUUCGAGCAAGAGUCUCUCGAUCGAUGCCAUGUCGAUCGAUAGUCCAAAUCCACAAUCAAACCAAUCGACCAGCAUUGCACUGGUAUGCUCGACGAUGAAACGUCAGAUCAUUUCGCGAGCCUUCUACGGCUGGCUAGCGUACUGUCGCCAUUUGUCCACAGUCCGUACGCACCUGUCGGGGUUGGUAAAUGGUCGCAUCACUCCCGAAUCGGGCGCCGAAGAGGGACUGACUCGUACGCGCUGGCAGAACCUGCACAAUGCCGAUGGAGUCGUAGCGGACGACCAGGAAGUGUACCGGUUAGUGUACUAUGGUGGUGUGGAGCACGACAUCCGGAAAGAGGUGUGGCCGUAUCUGCUAGGGCACUACAGCUUCGGCAGUACACCCGUCGAGCGGGCGGAACUGGAUGAAACGGCAAAACACUACUACGAAACGACGAUGAGCGAGUGGCUCGCGGUGGAAGCGAUCGUACGCCAGCGGGACAAGGAGAAGACGGCUGUCGCGGUGGCCAAGCUGAGUUCGGGCAGUGGAAGCAUCGAGAAUAAGAGCAAAACCAUCGAUCACGAUGCCGAUGGGGAGGAGGAGGAAGAGAUGGACAAUGAGGUGUUUGAGGAGAACGGCUUUUCGGACAUGUCCGAGCCGGAGGUCGAGGGUGAGGAGAAAUCCGUUUCCAAGACGAAAUUGACGAAGGAAAACAUCGCCCUGGCCGUAGUGGCGCAGGGUGGCAUUGCUGACGACGCGAAGGCCAACUGCGACGAGGAAGGCCAGGAGGAUCAGGAGCAGGAUUUUGACAGCAACAAGAGCUCACCCUCGGACUCAUCGUAUGCCACGGUGGGGAAUGAUUUUAUCGAUGUGGCGGAGAUCAUUUCUCCAACCGGCGACGACGACGACGACGACGAUGGGGAGAAACCUUUCACCGUCGAGGUGGAGCGCAUGCAGGAAGGUGAAGACGACGAAGGAGCUCAAUCUGAGGACGCCCUCGAGCGAACGGAGGAUGACGACGAGGAAGUGGAUGAGGAACCGGAGUCUCCAAAGUCUCCGGGACAUCCGAGAGCCGUCAUUGUGACCGACGCUUCAAUCGAUGUGCACACGAUACCGAACGAGGUGGUUAGGGAGCUGAACAACAACAACACACUAUCAACUCUGCCGGAAGAGGGAAGUGGGCAACCGGCACUGGAUUCACUACAGGAGCCGAAGUCUGUAUGCGUGUCUCCAGCCAGUUCGAAUGGAGGAAUAUACAGUAGCGAACUUCUCGAGUCCUUCGGGUUGAACCUUCAUCGUAUCGAAAAGGACGUUCAACGAUGCGAUCGCAACUAUUGGUACUUUGCGAACGAAAAUCUGGACAAACUACGCAACGUGAUUUGCACGUACGUCUGGGAGCAUCUGGACGUAGGCUAUAUGCAAGGAAUGUGUGAUCUAGUGGCGCCUCUGCUUGUCAUUUUCGACGAUGAAUCCCUAAGCUACGGUUGCUUCUGUCGCUUUAUGGAGCGUAUGAUCGAGAACUUUCCCAAUGGCGGCGCCAUGGAUAUGCACUUCGCCAACAUGAGGUCCUUAAUACAAAUCCUAGACUCGGAGAUGUACGAUCUUAUGCACGCGCACGGUGACUACACACACUUCUACUUCUGCUACCGUUGGUUUUUGCUCGAUUUCAAGCGGGAGCUCAUCUACGCCGACAUCUUCUCCGUUUGGGAGGUCAUAUGGGCGGCCAAGCAUGUCGCUUCUGCCCACUUUGUGCUGUUUUUGGCGCUGGCACUGCUGGAGACCUACCGUGAUAUCAUUCUCUCCAACAGCAUGGACUUUACCGAUAUCAUCAAGUUUUUCAACGAAAUGGCCGAAAGGCAUAACACCCAAUCUGUUCUUAAGCUGGCACGGAGCUUGGUUUUACAACUGCAAACUAUCAUCGAGAAUAAGUAA